UCUCACCAAACAAACGAGCACCAGCAACAUUCCUCGCUUCAAUUAAUUCACUCGCGUGCCACCUUUCCUUAUCAUCUGUCCCCACCUUAAUUAUCUUGCACUCGUAAGCAUUAUUCGUUGCACUAACACCACGCACGUACGCCACCUAGCUACAUGGAGCUACCAGCAGGUAACCUGGCGUGCGGCGUCGCCAUGGCCAUCCUGCUCUGCUCCUGCAUCUACGCUGCAUGGAUCUCGCCGGCCGCGAUCAGGCGCCGCCUCCGCCGGGCCGGCUUCGACGGGCCGAGACCGUCCUUCCCCUUUGGCAACCUGGCCGAGAUCACGGCCACGCUGGCCACCAAGAACAGAGCUGUACCACUACCCGCGGCGGCGGGCGUGACCAGCGACAUCCACGCCGCCGUGUUCCCGUACUUCGCGCGGUGGCGCGAGGCGUUCGGGAAGGUGUUCGUCUACUGGUUGGGCACAGAGCCCUUCCUGUACGUGGCCAACCCGGAGUUCCUCAAGUCCGCCACCGCCGGCGCGCUCGGCAAGCGCUGGGGCAAGCCCGACGUGUUCCGCCGCGACCGCAUGCCCAUGUUCGGCAGGGGCCUCGUCAUGACCGAGGGCGACGAGUGGGCCCGCCAUCGCCACAUCAUCGCACCCGCCUUCUCCGCCACGAACCUCAACGACAUGAUCGGGCUCAUGCAGGAGACGACCGCAAAGAUGCUCGGGGAGUGGAGCGAGGCGGUGGCGUCAGGCCAGAGCGUAAUCGACGUGGAGAGGGGCAUCGUGAAGAACGCCGCCGAGAUCAUCGCCAAGGCGAGCUUCGGCAUCACCGACGACGAGGGCGGCGCGCAGGUGUUCGAGAAGCUGCAGGCCAUGCAGGCGAUGCUGUUCCGGUCGAACCGCCUGGUCGGCAUGCCGCUGGCGCGGCUGCUGCACGUCCGCAAGACGUACGAGGCGUGGAAGCUCGGGCGGGAGAUCGACGCGCUGCUCCUGGAGAUCAUCGAGGAGCGCCGCCGGCGGCGCCACGGGAGCAGCAACAAGAACAACGGGAAGGACCUUCUGUCGCUGCUGCUGGCCGGGAACGAGGCGAGCGCGGGCGCGGAGAGGAAGCUGACGACGCGGGAGCUGGUGGACGAGUGCAAGACGUUCUUCUUCGGCGGGCACGAGACGACGGCGUUGGCGCUGUCGUGGACGCUGCUGAUGCUGGCGGCGCACCCGGAGUGGCAGGCGGCUCUGCGGGAGGAGGUCCUGGAGGUGGCCGCCGGCGCGGACCUGGACGCGGGCGCGCUGGGCCGGCUGACGAAGAUGGGAUGGGUGAUGAACGAGGUGCUGCGGCUUUACCCGCCGUCGCCGAACGUGCAAAGGCAGGCGCUGGAGGACGUGGCGACGGAGGGGGAGGCGGUGACGAUCCCGCGGGGCACCAACAUGUGGGUGGACGUGGUGGCGAUGCACCACGACGUGGCGCUGUGGGGGCAGGAUGCACACGAGUUCCGGCCGGAGCGGUUCGCGCGGGACCCGGUGCAGGGCGGCUGCCGGCACCGGAUGGGGUUCCUGCCGUUCGGGUUCGGCGGGCGGAUCUGCGUGGGGCGGAACCUGACGGGCAUGGAGUACCGCGUCGUGCUGGCCAUGCUGCUGCGCCGGUUCGAGCUGUCCGUGGCGCCCCAGUACCGGCACGCGCCCAGGAUCAUGCUCUCCCUCAGGCCUUCCAAUGGCAUCCAACUCCGCCUCACGCCGCUCCACAAUUAAUUAAUUAUUCAACCUGAUCGACUUUAUUACUGUAAGUGGAAAUUAUAUAUUAGCUACACCCAUGAAGAAUCGAAUUAGCCUAGACUGAUGCAUGCAUUGAUGGUUAAUUAAUUAAUUCUAUAGCUAGGUGGUGGACUCGUGUGGGAGUAAAGAAUUUGAUGCACCAACAUUUUCAUAGUACUAUUGUUAUUUUUAAUCCUAGAGAUCGAUUGUAUGCCUGGCAGCGCUUGGUUGUUCGAUCGUGUCUGAUACCAAUUAUGGACAAUCUACCGGCUUGUAUUCAGAACUCGGUCGCUCGCGAUUUAGCGGCACCAUCUGGUUAAUGAAAUAUAUUUUUCCAAUU